AUGAUGCACUACCAGGUCACAGGUUGGAAUCAAGACAUUGAGCACCAUGUGGACCAUUUCAAUGAGUUUGUCAUUACUGCACUGGACAAGCAGCAUCCGAGCCGAGACAAAGGUCCGAAGAAACCUUACAUUGAUGAUGAAAUCUGGGCACUGCGAGCUUUGAAACUUCGCUAUCGCAAAGCCCUUCGAGAAACCCAGCAUCGAAAGAAAGUAGAGCUGAUGUUUAAAACAUGGAGUGCAUGGACCCAAAAGAUGGAAAACCAACAGCACGCGGACUCUGUCAGAAGCUAUUCUGCUACUCUGGCAUGUUGCACUGUGCGCUGUAUGGCGCAACUUCACAGUGUCGCUCAGCAAUUGAAAGUCCGACUGAGCAAGGCAAAGGCGCAAUUGCUUUGCCGUAGACUUGAGCAGAUGCCACGUGAUGCUAGUGCUGGACAGAUUCUGCAGGCCAUCCAUAAACUCCAAGGACCUACGAAUCCGAAAAAGAUCAAAAGAAAGCCUUUUCCAUUGUUGAAGAAGAGUGAUGGAACGCACUGUGCGUCAAGUAGCGAAAGAUGUGACAGAUGGGCCGAGUUCUUUUGCAACAUGGAAGGAGGAAGAAGGAUGACGCACCAAGAUCUUAGAGAAGGUUGGAUUGACAACUUGCAGCACUUUCGUCAGCAGCAGUUUGACUUGAGUUUGGAAAGCCUGCCAACGCUCUGCGACUUGGAACGCGCGUAUUCUCAUGUGCGUAUUGGUCGAGCUGUUGGAAUGGACUCCAUUCCGCCGGAAGCCUGCAAAUACAAUGUUGGACAAUUUGCGCGUGCCACAUUCGCACAACUUCUCAAAAUGACGCUCCACGGGCAAGAGGCCAUCCCUCAUAAGGGUGGCCGUCUUACUGCAGCCUACAAAGGGAAAGGAGAUGUGGAUGAUUGCGCAUCAUACCGCAGUCUUUUGGUUUCCUCGCAAAUUGGAAAAUGUUUGCACAGAACAUUGAGGAUGACUCAGUCCAGCUUCUACGAGACGAUCUUACAAAAUCAACAGCUUGGAGGACGACCAGGCAUCCCUGUCUACCUGGGCAUCCACCAUCUGCGUGCAUUUUUGAGAUUGCAAAAGAAGCUGAAUCGUUCUUGUUGCAUCAUUUUCCUUGAUCUCAAGGAAGCCUUUUAUCGUGUGCUUCGCCCGCUGGCUAUGCAAAAUCGUUGGGAUGACCAUGACAUUGCUGAUGUUGCGAAAAGGCUUGGGCUACCACCUUCCAUCAUGGAGGAUCUUCAUCAACAUCUCCGUGACCCUUGUGCGCUCCAACAAGCGACCCUGCCACCAAUUCUGCGCAACUGUAUCACGGCAAUACACACGGACACGUGGUUUGUCGUUGAUGGGCAAGACAACGACGUGUGUCGGACCACGGCAGGAAGCCGCCCAGGCGACUGCUUCGCUGAUACCAUUUUUGGGUAUCUCUGGGCCCGUGUGUUGCGAUCGCUGGAGCAAAAAUGCAUUGAUUUGGGCCUCUUGGAAGCCUUUCCACAACAAGAGUUUGCCGAUCCCUUUGCAGUCCACGAGCAGGCUGACCCAGCUGUACCGCAACGGCCAUUUCUCGGACCAUGCUGGAUGGAUGAUCUAGCCAUACCGAUUGCAGGCAGUUCAGCUGAGGAGGCAGUGCGCAAAGUUGGCAUUCUAGCAGGGCUUUUGCUGGAUCACUGCGUGAACUUUGCCAUGUCCCCCAACCUUGCGGCUGGGAAAACUGAGCUUCUUCUUGCUCUUCGUGGACGCAAAUCUCGACAAUUGCGGCAGCAGUUCUAUGGAGUGGACUUGUGCAUGCUGAGCCAGUGUACACGAAACCUCAACGUGAUCCUGGAGUCUUUGGUUGCAUGCAAUGCCAACUGCGCUGCAAAACUAAAGGAGGAGAAGGAGCACAUUUCUUUCGAUGCCAUGGACACACUGCUCCCAUCCGACGCCUUUUUGAUGACACAUGGUGUCCCUGCUGCCAAAAAGAAUUUCACACGCUCACGAAAAUGCAAUUGCAUAUCCGCAACGUUGGCAUCUGCCGACGUGAUCUCUGGGCACGCGGUCAUCUGUUCCCUUUGCGACCUGGCAUUGGAUCCCUUGAAUCAAGACAAGGGGAUCGACGUCAUGAUGGAGCAUUGCCGCAACAACAAACGCAAGGAGCGAGCAGAGAGCCCAUCCAUCCGCGAGAUCUCCGAGUUGAGUGCACGGACCUCAUGCUUAACUUGGUCGAUGCGUUAG